AUGGCCUGUUUGUCUAAUAAUGUUCCAUAUUCAAUAUGGCGGCUAAGAGUAUUCUCGGAUAUCUUUCUACCUCGCAAACAAAUUCAAAUAACAGCACAAACCCGGCGAAGGCAUUUUUCCUCACGCGAGCUCCGCAACCAUGCCGAGAACUGCGACAGAAACAGCAACAGCAGUCUCGACAAGCAGAAGACAUCUCCGGACGCUGAAUCAGUACAUAUCGAUGGAGAAGCAAAGAACGGCGCUUCACUCAAUAAAUCCCCUCCAUUAUCUGCAUCGCUUCCGCAAUCCCCCCUCAUAGAACUAGCUCAAACCCGCCAAUCCGGCAACAAGAAACGAAAACCCAGGGCUACAAAAGCAGAUCAUGGUCGACUCGCUAAUAACCCUUGGGCUGUGGCGCUUGCGUCGCCGAUACGGAGCUGCUCAUUAACUUUGGCGCGACUACCAACGACUUUUCUCACGGAAAUGGGCCUGGUUCGGCGAGUGACUGAAUCUGACGACGCGAGCAAGAGGCAAAAUUACGGUAGUCUGUGGUGGUUGCCCACUGGUUUAUUAAAAGAAGAGAUCAAGGCUACGUCGCAUACGGAGCAGGGUAAUCUCAACGAUUUAUUGUCCAAGGGCAAACCCCGUGUUGUACGAAUGAUCAGUCGUGCUCUGCUUCUCCAGCAGAUUCCGCAAAUGCUAGGUUAUGAAAAGAACAGAGUGAAUACCAAGGUUAUCUUGCCGUCCCAGUGGCAUAUCGACAACCCCAGACUGCAGCGUAUUGAUCUCAGGGAUUUGAUCUGGCGCCAGGACAUGGCGAGUUUUGUGUUGAAACAUAUGGGCAAGGCGGUGGUCAAGGGUUUGAAAGAGGUUUGUCGGUAUGAGAAAAUAAAAAAGGAUGACGCCGAUAUUUGGAGGGAAAUUCCAGUAUCUGACCUGUCGGUAUCUGCCUUGGUUCAGGCAUUAAAACAAGUGGAAAUGAGCGAUAUGGAGACCGGCGCCGUGGUUGUCAUGGGCGAUCCAUCUGCAGCUCCACAGAGUAGUCCUAUCGACGUCUUGGAAUCAGCUUCUAAAUCGGCUUUCCCGGACUAUCUAACUCUCCCGCAAACUGGGUCUAUGGUUCCUGUGUAUGAUCUCACUGUGUUGUUAUCAAGGCCCGAUCUUGAUGCGCUUCGAGCAUGCCAUCCCCGGUUCAGCCAAACAGCACUUUUCUUCCGGCCCGACGGCCCAAAGUCGGUGACUGCAAUGAUUGAUAUGUGGAAAAUUAAGAGUUAUGUCAUGCAUGAUGUUGAAUUGAUUGCGAAAUCGGAAAGCUUUCCCUCGAAACCGACAUCAAAAGAAUCAACAGCUGAGGUAUCAUCAGUCGAGAGGCUCUCUGGUGGCAAACAUUUGUGA